AUGCAAGCUGCAGCCAUUGGCCUCGAAGAGGUUCGCAUUUACGGCUUGAACAAGACUAUCACCACCGAGGCUCUAGGCGAGUUCCUCGGCAAGAGCGUUCGUCUCAGAGGCAUCCUCCUUCACAGUCAGACUAAGGGCGCGUUCCAGUGGGCCCAGGUCUGGGUGUCCACCGAGGCCGAGGUCGCCAGACUACUCCGUCUCCGCGAGGCCUUUGCUGCCAACGGCAUUACAAUCUCGCGCGUAGGCACCGGCCCGUCGACUACCCCCUCACCCCUGGCGGAUACAUGGGACUUCGUCUCUCAGCUAUCGCGUCCUCGUGUCGCGCCGCCUGGCUUUGGGAUCUCGUUGGCUCAGCCGUCUCCGUUCAACCCCACUGACAACACGAGCAGCCAGCCUCGCAACCUAUAUGUUCUAAACCUUCCUCUUAACCUUACUCAUGGCUUUGUCCUUAUGUCUACCCAUCAUGAGGCAAUCGAGGCCAUGCGCCAAAUGAACGGCAAAUGGAUUGACGGGUCGAAGCUUGACGUUUCGUGGGCCCUUGUGCAGCGCGAGGCUAAAAACAUGCUCAAUAGCUCCCUCCCCAACCGCGUGGCCCAUCCGCCUACCGUGUCGAACCGCCACGAGCCUCAGCCUGAGAGCACGGUUCUGGUGGAGAACCUCGUGGGCAUCUCCAUUCGAGACUGAUCUCUGAUGACAGGACCCAUACUCCUUCCCUGAUGCGGAGACCAUCACCACAAUCUUUAGCACUACCUUUGGCCCGAUCCAUCGGGUCAUCAAGAUUUCCGAUACUGCGGCUC